GACGUUUGAGUAAUCAGUUUUGAUUUUUGACAUAAGUUGAAUUGAAAUGAUAGUAUUUAUUGUUUAUAAAUAAGUAAUCCUUUCAUUAAAUUUUGCACUUAUAUAUAAGGAGAUAAACUGAACGAUUAUAAAAUCGACAUCCAAAUACACCAUUUGACAAUCGAGAAUGGCAGAAUCCCCUAAAGAUAACGAAAAUCCACUCGACAUCGAUGGAAGUAACUUUAAUUCUGAAAUGUAUUUAGAAUGUCUUUUAAAAUGUGCCACUCUACGACAAGUGAUGGAUAAAGAGGCCGAAGUAGUCACUCAAAGCCAAUUCUUACAAUCAGAAAUGCAAACUUUGGUAUACGAGAAUUAUAACAAAUUUAUAUCAGCCACUGAGACUGUUCGAAAGAUGCGUUCAGAUUUUCAAAUAAUGCAAGAGGAAAUGAACAAACUUAGUGAGAAUAUAAAUAACAUUACAUCAUUCAGUUCAAAUAUAUCAGAUAAUUUAAAAGAAAGUGGGAAUAAUGUAAAUAGAUUAUGCAGCACUCGCCAAUUGUUAGACAAACUACAGUUCGUGUUCUUGUUACCGACACAAUUAAAUAAAGCAAUUCAAGAAAACCGUUAUGUAGAUGCAGUACAAGACUACACACAUGCUCAAAGAGUCUUACAGAAGUAUGGUAAUCAACCUUCUUUUCAAAGCAUUCAGACGGAAUGUUCAGAAAUUAUAUGUGAUCUCAAGAAAACACUGAGAGAGAGACUACUAACACCAGAUACUUCAGCAUCUGAAUUAGCUGAAAGUGUGGGUCUUUUGAGACAGUUACAGGAAACAGACUCCUCUUUACAAGAUAUAUUUUUGACAUGCGCUGAGAAUCGAUUGGAUACACAUCUAAAAAGUUUGAACAACAUUGUUGAUAGUGCUGAUAUAUUGGAAUGGGUAGAAAAAUGCAAUAACACUUUGUUAGCAGACUUGGGUAUUGUUAUAUCUUGUUAUCAUGAUCUAUUUGAUGAUAAGGAAAUGGUCAAUCUCCCUGAGUUUGCAGACAAAGUGAUGACACAAGUAUUCCAUCUAUUUGAAGAUGUUGUCAAGAGACCUGAGAACAUUGGUACUGAGAUAUUAAUAAGAGGAUUAGACAAAUUCUUUAGAAAAUUACAAGCAAUGUCUGAAAUUAUUUCAAGUGAGUCUGUUUCCAAUAAAGCUUUGGAUGUUGUUAUACAAUGUAUAAAGCAUAAGGCUACCUUGCAAUAUGAAACCAUUCAAUUACAAUUUAAAGAAAACCUGAUGAGAGUAAGACAGUCCUUAGCAAGCAAAGGUACAGAGUGUGCCGAUCUUAAAGAUAUUCUGAAUUCCCUGCAAAUUCAUUUGAUGCAAAAGGUCCAAGCCUCACUAUUAGAUUUAAUGGCAUUUCUACAAAACAAACUCUCCUUUGGAUUAAAAUCAUGGUGCGGGAAGGCUGUUGCUGAUGCUUGUUGGACAGUCAUAUCAGAAACUUUGAUCAAUCUAUCAGAAAUGGUUAAAAAAAUGUCUUCCUUACAGGCAUCAAAUAACAUUCCUUUUGAAUUACUACUAAUAUUGGCAAAACUAUGCUUAGAAAUGCAAGAAAGUGGUGUAACCACUUUGCAUAGUCACCUUUUAAAGCUUUUGGAGGAAUCAGCUCCAGGUCUGAGUAUUGACAAAAAGGACACAAACAGUGUAAUGGUUCAUUUAUCUACUGCAGCUCAAACAGCUUUAGACUCUGAAGUUGUGUUUAUAGGACAGACAGCAGCACAAAUGCUAAGAGUAUCAGUCCUAGCUAGGGAUUGGUUACGAGCUCCAGAACCAAGAGGUCCGAGAGCUGUAUGUCGGAGGGUCGUAGAAACGCUUGCUAGUGCUGAUAGUGCUGCAUCACAACUCUUUCCUACAAGCAUAAAGCCAUCUAGCGAUUCUAGUCGUCGUACUAUUUGGUCUCGGGCCCCUUCAUCAUUUUCGCCCAUAAAUAGAAUAUUUUCGGAAAGGAUUGAAGUUUUCAGCCCGGCUGGUGCCGAUCGCGCCGCGCUUUCAAAUGGAGCACUAAAAGUGGCAUUGAAAGCUUUAGUGGAGUGCGUGCGAUUGCGUACAUUUAGUAGGCAUGGUUUGCAACAAUUACAAGUUGAUGUGCAUUUUCUACAACAAAGGCUUUCAUGUAUGGGAAAUGAUGAAAGACUAUUGAAUUCUUUACUAGAAGAUGCUUUAGCUUCAGCUCAAAUUAGAUGCGUCGACCCUCAACUGAUGGAAGCAAGUAUCGUAGACAUUAUUUGUGAAAGGGGCUAAAUAUUUCACUAUUAUAAUAUUCCACAUAUGUUAUAUAGUUAUAUAAAAAUUUAAAAACAUCAUCAGUAUGUAAUUAUUUAUUGUCAAAAAUUACUACAAAUUAUAUCUCUUAAACAUACAAAACACAGAAUAUUUUAAUAAAACACCUUUAACUAUGAAACUUUAAAGUAAACAGCACAUUUUAUGACAAUUAUUAUAACCCAUCAAUGAAAAUUGCAUCAUAAUAAAAAUAAUGAUAUCAUCUACAUAUAUAAAAUCUAUGUUAAAUGCUCUUACUCAUUUUACAAGACACUACGCUUUACUUCUAACAAUAACAUAUUUUUCCAAUGUUAGUCACGACAGCAGAUAAACAUUAAUAAUAAUUAAAAUUAAAAACAGUAUAUAUUAUUACCAUUACAAACAAUUUUUCAUAAAAUUUGGUCCUAUUUUGCUAGAAAAUUAUGACGAAAAUCCAAGACAAAAUGUAUAUGUCGUUAUGGUCGGUUUUACUAUAAUAUAGAUAAGAUCUUUUAUUCAACAACUUUGUAUUAUGAAAUAUCUCCCAAAAUACAUUUUUGAACAUUAUCUAUUAAUCGUAUAUUAAAUAUCUUCCAAAUUGAGGGCUGAAAUUGAUCGCGCUUAUUAUUUGGUGAAAGAUCAAUUUUCACUAUGCCUUAUUUCAUUACAUUUUAAUAUAUGCUACAAAGCGUUCAGGGUAACAAUCCAAAAUUGGGAAGCUCUUUAUUUGCUAUAGCAAAUUUUCAAUUUUUAAAAAACCACUAAAUUGUUUUUUAUAAGCUCAUUUGUAUAUUCUCAAUUACCAUCAUUGACAUCACAAAUAUAUUAAAAAUGAAACUUCCGAUAUGUUUAUUUUUAUCAUGUUCCAUAUUUUUACC